UGCUUUUGCUUUCUCCAAAACCAGCUUGUUCACAUUACACAAUACAUGUGCUUUUCCAAACCAGCCAAACUCUGGUCCUUCCCUCCAAACGUACCCUUUCUUGGGAACCGUAGAUUCUCAGAUCCCUCUCUCUGUAGGGAAAUUGAUAAAAAAAAAAAGGAAAGAAUUUUGUUAGUAUUUCUUGUUCGUUUGGGAGGAAAAAGUGGGGGUUUCGAAAGCCAACUGCGAAGCCCAGAGUAGUUGUACACAAUGUCGUUUAUGUAAUUUCACUUUUUGCUUCUAAUACUCUUGUGUAAACUUAUCUGGGUAUUUCGUAGAUUUUCUUUCUGAAAAUAUGAUGAUGUUGAAGGAGAACUUGUUGUGGUUUUGUAAGUUUUUUGAGGUUUCCAAUCUAAGAGGUUUUUUGGGUUUCGAGGUUUUGAUGAUUUUGGUUGGUGUUCUAGUUCAGGGACUUCGAUUCUGAUGCUUAGUAAUGGCUGAGGUGUCCAAAGUUCAGUUGGUUCGCUGCCCUAAGUGUGAAAACCUCUUACAAGAGCUCCCUGACUUCUCUGUUUACCAGUGUGGUGGUUGUGGUGCUGUUCUCCGAGCGAAGAAGAAAGCGCCGGGGAGUGCUGGGGUUUUGGAGAAAUCUGAUGAGAAGAGGGGUAGAGGCGGUUCUGAGAUGUUGGAGAGUUUGUCAGAGAAAGGGGGUGGUAGUGAUGGAAUUGAAGUGAAUACGAGGUGGAAAGAGAGAGUAUUUGGAGGAAAAACUGUUAAUUCGAUUGGUGAUUCUUUAUCAAAAGCAGAGAAUAAAGAGGCUUUGAUAGAUAGUGAUAGAAAUGUUAGGGAAGAGGUUAAGGGCUUAAGGCUUGAACACAAUGGCACAGAGAAAGAACUUAGGUUUCUUGAUAGAUAUAUAGGACUGUCCGAACGCCCUGAUGACUAUUGGGCUUGUGGAGAUGAUCAUGAUAUGAACAUGAAUAGGUCUGAGUUUGCUCAUUUGAGUACUGGAGGAAACUUGGCCCGUUUAAGGAAUUCGGCUGGGUCGUCGAGAUUAAUGGCAAAUAUGGAGCAGUUGGGUGUGGAAAGAGAUGGGUUUGGGGGAUUUUACAGAAACUCCAGGACAGUUGCUGAUCAGAGGGGAUAUCCAACUUUUGGUUAUCCUGACGAGGGACCCUCAAAUUACAAGCCAGAAUCAUUUGAUAGCUAUGGCAGGCGGAUGAAACAUGGUGAUGAUGACCAGGAUGGGACUAACAGAGUUGAACAUUUAGAACAGAAUCGAGCUGAACUCCUCAGGAAGUUGGAUGAAUUGAAGGAUCAACUUAGCAGAUCUGGUGAUGUGGAAAAUAAUCCAAUCGUCCCUGUUGAUAGGACUCCGCCUGAUCCUUAUGGGGGCCAGGAUAUAUAUAAUGUUUCUAUGCAGCCUUCUCCCCUGGUUAAGCAUGUUCUAAGGCCCCCUUACUUCAAUCGUACUCAUGAAACUAUUCCUUUUAUGAAUCGACAUAACAUGGAUAUGCCGGACUUCUAUCCUCCUCCAAGGAAUGUCAUGAAUGAGUUUCCUGCAUAUGAGGAUCCUUAUCAGCCACAAAUGACAAGGAGGCCUCUCCAUCAACCAUCCAGUCAAUAUCCACAACGACCAACUCAUGAAUACUUUCGAGGGCGCUACAUGGAACUCAAUCAAGAUCCCUUCGCUUCAUAUCAACCUGAAAAGUUACAUCAUCAGCCCAAAUGCUCUUGUUUGCGCUGCCUCAACCAGAAUUGGCAAGUUCCCCCUAGAGUUCCACCCGCUGUGUUUAGCAACAGAAGGAUUCAGAAGGACCCUAUGAAUUCCAAUUUCUACCUUCGUGACAAUCUUGGGCCACAAAGUUAUAAUCCUCAAGUUGCCAAUCCUCAUCAGUCGACCUCUCGGGAUCCACGAAUGCACACAAGAUGGCCAGAUGACCUUGACUCAGACAUUGAUGGUCUUGGUCAGAUUUGUCCAAGAAGAGUUGUGGCAGCCCGUGGGACUACACGGCUUUGCCAUCCUAUAGCAGGUGGUGCCCCAUUCAUGACUUGCUAUAAUUGCUUUGAGUUGCUGAAACUGCCUGGAAAGCUUAUAAUGAUGGAGAAGAAUCUGCAGAAACUGCGAUGUGGAAGCUGUUCAACCAUAAUCUUGUUUAAAAUUUUGAAUAAGAAGCUAAUUAUAUCUCCUGAAGAAAUCAAACCAUUAUCUGCUGAGGCUGAUGACAGUUGUGAAGAGGUAUUAAAUGAAAGCCCUCCAAGUUCUCAUGGUUGUUCGAAUGCUGGUAACGUCAACUCCCGCUCUGAUGAUUUUGAUAAUUCUGGUAGCAAGUUUGAUUUGAAAGAUGAUGGACACUACUUACAGUCAGAAGACUGGAGGUUGAACUUAAGUGAAUCUGAGAAAAGACAGGGCCUCACUUCAUCUUCCAUUUCUUCUUCUGAGGAGGAGAGCCCAGAUACUGUGAUUGUCAAGGGAGAUGUUUCUCACUCUGCUGAGCAGCCCUUAAGAGAUGACUUGUCUCCAACACUUUCAGGUUCACCUUUACGUGAUCAUUCUUAUUGUCCUUCCGAUCAUGCAGUGAGCAAAUAUGGGCAGGGAAACAACAGUAAACGCAUGGACCAAGACAAGUUGGUUUUAAGUAGGAUCACUUCUCGACAAAAUUCUGUCAAAGACGUGUCAAUGACAACUAAAACGGAAGUUUCGUGCAAUGAUUAUCUUGAUACAAGUUUAUCUAAUGACUCUGCGGAGGUGAGCAAGGAAAAGGAUCAACCCAAGAUCGACAAGGGUAGUGAAUCAUUCUUUGUGGGUUUCAUCAAGAAGAGCCUUAGAGAAUUCUCAAGGGCUGCUCAAAGUCUGGAAAAUGAAAGACCUAAUGUUUUAGUUAAUGGGCAACCCAUACCAGACCGUGUGGUUAAGAAGGUUGAAAAGCUAGCUGGGUCAAUUCAGCCAGGAGAUUAUUGGUAUGAUUUCCAAGCUGGAUUCUGGGGUGUGAUGGGCCAACCUUGCCUUGGCAUAAUUCCUCCAUUUAUUGAAGAAUUCAAAUAUCCCAUGCCAACAAAUUGUGCUGAUGGAAACACAGGUGUGUAUGUUAAUGGGAGAGAGCUUAAUGAGAGAGAUCUGGACCUACUUGUCAGCAGAGGACUACCAGCUACAAGAGAUAAAUGUUAUACUAUUGAGAUUUCUGGGAAAGUUGUAGAUGAGGACUCUGGCAAAGAACUAAAAAGCCUGGGAAAACUUGCCCCUACAGUCCAGAAGGCAAGACAUGGAUUUGGCAUGAAAGUUCCCAGAAGGGUUAUGUGAUUUGUGAUGUUUAAUUUGAUGACCAUAUUGAGUUGUGGUUACUUAUUGGUAUGUAUUUAUAUCCGUAGGUGCUGUGUUCUUAUGGAAGAUGCAAGGCCAAAAUCAUUUGUAUGUAAAAAUUCAAUUUUUCACAAAAUUACCUAUGUUCUUGUUCAUCCAUAUGGAUCUCCUUGUGGACAAGCUAAAUAGACCCAGCAUAUUGUCUGC